AUGUCGGACAUCAUCCCCAUCAAGCCUCCGGACAUGCAGAGCUACUUGCUCAUUUCUGCCCUCAUCGCUACUGUUUUUGCCCAAGGCGGCCAUCAUCAUGAAUACCGUCGUUAUGAGUGCACGAAAAAACCGUCGGGCAACGGCACCGAUUGCACGCUAUUCCUGAAGAAAAAGCGCGACGAUGACAGCCAAGAAUUUCGGGCGGCCACAAAUCAGGAGUGCUUUGAGGAGACCGGCACAACCGGAAGGGCCGUCAUUUGCCCGCUGUACUGCCCGGAAACCGGAGCGGCGUACUCGAUUUGGAAGACCCCGUCGAACAACCACAAGUGCACGAAUCUGGGCACGUACAGGUCCAUCAACCGCAACGGAGACUGGUACUUUUGGCGCACUGGGGAAUGCUUGGACCAGGAGAUGACUUUUGAGAUUGGGUGCCAUUUCCUCAUCCCAUCUGCCCAAGCUGACGUUGAGCAGAUCCUGAAGAAGCGCAGGAAGUUCAGGCUC